AAAAAAAACAUUAUGAGUUUUUAACUAAGAUCUCUGUUUUGUUCUUAUGUGCUGAGAACAAAAGGAUCGUGGUGAACUGAAAUGCAAGAGUUUUUAAAGCUCUUAUCUAUAACUUUGUGCUCUGCUGCUCUAUGCGAUAAAAAGAUGGUGGCCUUUGGGAAAUAUUUGCAGCGGAAACAAAUUGAAGAAUGGAGAGGCUAUUACAUCAAUUACAAAUUGAUGAAGAAGAAAGUGAAGCAAUAUGCUGAGCAAAUCCAAGGCGGAUCUCAACAUCCUCGCCAUGUUCUCAAAGAUUUCUCAAGGAUGCUCGAUACUCAGAUUGAGACAACUGUCCUUUUCAUGUUGGAACAACAAGGGUUGCUCGCAGGGCGAUUAGCCAUAUUGAGGGAAACUCAUGAUGCUAUACUUGAGCAGCCUGANUAA